AUGAGUAGGGACCUCAGGGGCAGGGGAUGCGCCCGGGGAAGAGGCUUUCAGGGCUGGCGAGGCGGCUGGCGAGGUGGAUGGCGAGGCGGAUGGCGAGGCAGAGGACACAAAGUAGAGUGGAAAAGAAUGCCCGAACCUGUACAAUCUCGACUAGUUCAAUCAACACUGGACCAAUUCAUUCCCUAUAAGGGCUGGAAACUUUAUUUCACUGAAGCUUAUGCUGACAAGUCUCCUUUUGUCCAGAAGACUCAAGCCUUUGAAAAGUUCUUCAUGCAACGCAUUGAGCUUUAUGAUAAGGAUGAAAUAGAGAGAAAAGGAAGUAUUCUUGUGGAUUAUAAGGAACUGAUACAAGACAGAGAAUUAACUAAAUCAAUACCAAAUAUAUCUACUGAAUUAAGGGAUAUGCCUCAGAAAAUACUGCACUGUAUGGGUCUGGCAAUUCAUCAGGUGCUAACAAAGGACCUUGAAAGGCAUGCUGCAGAGCUGCAGGUGCAGGAAGGAUUACCACUUGAUGGAGAACCUAUAAUAAAUGUGCCUCUCAUUCAUGCUAGGGUGUACAACUAUGAUCCGCUGACUCAGCUGAAAAAUGUUCGGGCCAACUGCUAUGGAAAAUAUAUUGCCUUGCGUGGUACUGUUGUGCGUGUCAGUAACAUUAAGCCUCUCUGCACUAAGCUAGCUUUUGUAUGUGGCACAUGUGGAGAUGUUCAGAGUGUUCCUCUACCUGAUGGAAAGUAUACUCUUCCAACUAAGUGCCUUGUUCCUGAGUGCCGUGGCCGGUCCUUCACAGCUGACAGAAGCUCUCCUUUAACCACUACAGUGGACUGGCAGUCAGUUAAGGUGCAGGAGCUCAUGUCAGAUGAUCAGCGAGAAGCAGGCCGAAUCCCUCGCACAAUCGAAUGUGAACUGGUUCAAGAUCUUGUAGACAGCUGUGUCCCAGGAGAUAUGGUCACAGUUACAGGGAUAGUAAAGGUGUCGAGCACUGAGGAAGGAGCUUCUAAAAAUAAGAACGACAAGUGUAUCUUCUUGUUGUACAUUGAGGCAAAUUCUGUCAGCAACAGUAAAGGACAAAAAACAAAGAAUUUUGAUGAUGAGACUUUUCAAAGAUCUUUCAUGGAGUUUUCACUUAAAGACCUCUAUGCUGUUCAAGAAAUUCAAGCUGAGGAAAAUCUGUUCAGGCUCAUUGUGAACUCUCUUUGUCCUGCAAUCUAUGGCCAUGAGAUUGUAAAGGCAGGUUUGGCCCUGGCAUUAUUUGGAGGAUGUCAGAAAUUUGUAGAUGACAAGAACAGAAUCCCAGUGCGAGGAGAUCCACAUGUUCUGGUCGUUGGAGAUCCAGGAUUAGGAAAAAGUCAAAUGUUGCAAGCAGUGUGUAAUGUUGCUCCUCGAGGUGUGUAUGUUUGUGGUAAUACUUCCACCAGCUCUGGCCUGACUGUUACACUGUCUAGAGAUGGCGCUUCUGGAGAUUUUGCCUUGGAAGCUGGUGCUUUAGUGCUGGGAGAUCAAGGUAUUUGUGGAAUAGAUGAAUUUGAUAAGAUGGGAAACCAGCAUCAGGCUUUGUUGGAAGCCAUGGAACAGCAAAGUAUCAGCCUUGCCAAGGCUGGUAUUGUUUGCAGUUUGCCAGCUCGGACGUCUAUUGUUGCUGCAGCAAACCCAGUCGGAGGACAUUAUAACAAAGCCAAAACGGUGUCUGAGAACUUAAAAAUGGGGAGUGCUUUACUGUCGAGAUUUGAUUUAGUUUUCAUUUUACUGGACACCCCAAAUGAAGAUCAUGAUCACUUGCUGUCUGAGCAUGUAAUGGCAAUCCGAGCUGGAAAGCAGGCAGCAUGCAGCAGCGCUGUUGUGACUCGUACCAACACACAGAAUCGCUCUGUUCUUGAAGUCGUUUCAGAUCGACCGCUGCUUGAAAGACUAAAGAUCUUACCAGGAGAAAACUUUGAUGCCAUUCCACAUCAGCUGCUGAGGAAGUAUGUCGGAUAUGCUCGGCAGUACGUUCACCCAAAUUUAUCUCCAGAAGCUGCUCAGGUCCUCCAGGAAUUCUACCUCGAGCUCCGGAAACAGAACCAAGGAGUAGACAGCACACCAAUCACCACGAGGCAGCUAGAGUCACUGAUUCGACUUACGGAGGCACGAUCGAGGCUGGAAUUAAGGGAGAAAUCUACCAAGGAAGAUGCUGAGGAUGUAAUAGAAAUAAUGAAAUAUAGCAUGCUGGGAACCUACUCCGAUGAGUUUGGAAAACUGGACUUUGAACGUUCGCAGCAUGGGUCUGGGAUGAGCAAUCGGUCACAAGCAAAAAGAUUUGUUUCUGCCCUUAACAGUAUUGCAGAGAGAACUUACAACAAUCUCUUUGACUUGCAACAGCUUCGACAGAUUGCGAAGGAGCUACAAAUACGAGUAUCUGAUUUUGAAAGCUUUAUUGGAUCCCUGAAUGAUCAGGGUUAUCUUUUGAAAAAAGGUUCAAGAGUUUAUCAGCUUCAGACUAUGUGA